CAAGCGCCAUGCGGCGGCACCGACUCCUCCCCCAAGGGCGGGAACGCGCGGGGCCCAAAAUGGCGGCCAGCCGGUACCGGCGUUUUCUUAAGCUCUGUGAGGAAUGGCCCGUGGACGAGACCAAACGGGGCCGGGACUUGGGCGCUUACCUGCGACAGCGGGUGGCACAGGCCUUUCGGGAGGGAGAGAAUACCCAGGUUGCAGAGCCUGAGGCCUGUGAUCAGAUGUACGAGAGCUUAGCGCGACUCCAUUCAAACUACUACAAACACAAGUACCCUCGCCCCAGAGAAACCAGCUUCAGUGGCCUGUCGUUGGAAGAGUACAAGCUGAUCCUGUCCACAGACACCUUGGAAGAGCUUAAGGAAAUGGAUAAAAGCUUGUGGAAGAAACUGCAGGAGAAGUUUGCCUCUAAGGAUCCUGAGGAGAAGCCUAAGGCCUGAGCUCUCGCCCUCAUACCUAGGUGUGGAGUCUUGUGCGUUGCCAUCGUCAAUAAAACUGCCUGUUUCCCCAUAA